AUAACCACAAUCCUACACAAGAAGCAUGAUUUCCUACCAGAGCGCAUCUGCCAAUCUGAAGAGGCAGAAAAGGAGUGCGGUUGACUAGUGCAUUUGCAAAAAGCGACGCUGAAGAGCAGCCUCGGCGGCGGCGGCGGCGGCAGGUGAGCUGCGGAUGGGAGGCGCCGAGAUGGACGAGGUGCGGAGGAUGAGCUGCCCCUCCUCGGGCCAGGACCACCGCUUGGGGCCGCGGGGCGAUCCAGAAGAGGAGCUUCAGGCCGUGCCGUGGUACCAUGAUGGUCUUACUCGUCAUGCGGCAGAAGCUCUUCUUCUUUCCAAUGGCAAAGAUGGAAGCUACCUCCUGAGGAAAAGCAAUGUCAAAAACUCUCUUUUUUCUCUCUCAGUCAGAGCAAAGGAUUCUGUGAAACAUUUUCAUAUAGAGUACACUGGCUCUUCGUACAAGUUUGGCUUCAAUGAAUUUGCAAGCUUGAAAGACUUGAUCAUGCAUUUUGCAAACCAGCCUUUAAUUGGCAGUGAGACAGGUACCCUGAUUGUCCUGAAGUGCCCCUAUCCCAGGAAAGUAGAAGAACCUUCCAUUUAUGAGUCUGUUCGGGUUCAUACAGCAAUGCAGACAGGGAGAACAGAACUUGAUCUUGUCCCUAGUGCACCCUCGUUAGGCACAAAAGAAGGCUACUUAACAAAACAAGGCCGAAUAGUUAAGAACUGGAAAACUAGGUGGUUUACACUGCAUAGGAAUGAGCUGAAAUAUUAUAAAGACCAGACGUCCACAGAGCCAAUCAGAGCACUUGACUUGACAGAAUGCUCAGCAGUCCAGUUUGACUAUUCACAGGAUAAAGUAAACUGUUUUUGUUUAGUUUUCCCACUGAGGACAUAUUAUCUCUAUGCAAAGACUGGAGUAGAAGCUGAUGAAUGGAUAAAGAUAUUGCAGUGGAAGCUGUCACAGAUAAGGAAACAAGCCCGUGAGCGUGAUGCCACCCUCAGACCCUAGCUCUUUCAAGAUCCUCAUAGGUUCAAAUGAAUGCACUGUCAAACCCAAUACAAAGAACCUAAGAACAGCUGUUUGGUUUAGACUAUCGAGCCCAGCACUCUCUUGCCACUAGACCACUCUGGGUUGCUUUCCCCUCAAGAAAUAUGUGACCUGUGGUAGAGAUACUGAUCCUUUCCCCUGACAUCUGAUAAGUAGAAGAUUGUUGUCUUGACUAUAUAGCCACUGAUGAAAAUCCAUCGAUUUUUGUAACUCUCUUUUCAUGUCAUCUUAGCUGUUGAGAGCAGUAAUAGAUCUUGAUGUGACCAUGAUGGAUGUUUCACUCUCUGUGGUCACCUGCAAUAGCACCAGUAGGAGGAAGAGGUGUCAUGUAUUCCAGUCUUCGCUGCUGCACAUCUCUUCUUCCUAUGAGAACAGUUCCACUGCAUCUGCCGCACAGGAAUAUAAAACUAUAAUCUCACGGAGUUUUGAGUUUUACAGCUCGAGCCAUAGAGUGGACUUUGAUUAGGUUCAUCCUUUCACAUUUGGCAAGCUCUGCAUAUUCUGAGUCAUUUCCAUUAUGUUCUCUGGCAUAAGGUAUUGAAGUAUGUGUAUAUAAAUUUUAAGGGAAACCUAUGAAUUGCAAGCAAUUCUGAAUGUAUAUUCAAGAAAGCUGUGUAAUGUCUUGCUCAAUCUUAAGAGGAACCAGCUGGAUUACACCAAAGCCUUAUCUGGACUAGGCUAGCACCUAGUUUCCCACAGUGAGCAAACAGAAGC